UUGAGCUUCCAGCAUGGCGGCGGCAAGGCGAAACAAGCGCGUGGCCGCUUCACAGCCCGGUUUUUUGCGCUUCGACCAGAGACGCGAGCAAAGUGAGCCGAGUGUCAGUAAGAGAAAGCGAGUCAACAAAAACAAGAAAAAGAACUGGAACAAAUACAGCAACGUUCAGGACGUCGAGGACUUUUUGGAAGACGUUAGACUACAGGAGAGAGCGACAGGGGGGCUUGUAUCGGAGAAACCAAAUGACAGUCUGUUUUUUGUCGACACUGGAGACCAGCAGGAGGAAAUCCCAGAGAAGGAUGUACAGAAGAAAAAGAGAGCGUCCUGGCCGUUGAGGGUUGACCUCAUCCUGCAACAUGACUCCCUUGUCCCUCCACCCAAAGACAUUCUUGCUCAUCAGAAGCCCAAUGCCAAAAAGCUGCGUCGUAAGUCUGAAAUGACCAAGAAACUGGGGACCAAGGGCAAACUCAUUCAAAAACAGAAGGUGCUCAAGAAACGGAAAGCAGUAGCUGUAACAAGUUCCAAUGAGCAAAUCUUGCCGAAUAAUGACCCCAAACAACCUUUCUACGACUUAUGGAGUCAACAGGAAAAACAAACCAGUGACCCCUGGUUCCUGGAACAAACAAAGAAGAAGUUGGUAAAGCGUCCAGACAGGCUCAAUGAGAAGCCCUCUGCUUUGCCUGCUGUCGAAGUCAUUGCCCCAGGGGGUUCCUACAACCCUGAUUUCUUUGACCAUCAGGCCUUGCUGCUCCAGGCCCAUACAGUGGAGGAGAAGAGGCAAAAAGAGGAGCAGAAACUGGAGCGACAGUUGGCUGUAAAGCAGGAGGAUAUUGCCACAGAGGAGACAGUGUUCCAGGAGCAGGUUGAGGGCUUACUGGAGGAAGAUGAGAUGGAGGAGCCUACAGAAGAAGGAAUGGCAAAAGAGAACACUUCUGCCUACCAAACUGCAACUCAAAAGAAAACAGAGAGACAGAGGAAGAAAGAAAAAGCUGAGAAACAAAAGGAGAAGCAGAAACGUGUCCAGCGUGAACUAGUGGGCCGGCGGCAACAGCUGUUCCAGCUGCGCUCUAUUCAGGCAGAUUUACGCAAGCGUGAUCUUACAGCCAAGCAGAGACAAGCCCAACGAAGGGCCAAAAAGGAGGCCCAGAAGUUCCAACCCCGGCGUCUUGGGAGAUUAAAAUUCCAGACUCCAGACCUGGAGGUGCAGCUGAGUGAUGAACUUUCUGGUUCCUUGCGCACACUCAAACCAGAGGGCAGUAUCCUCAAAGAUCGAUUCAAAAGUCUACAGAAGAGGAAUCUUAUUGAACCCAGAGAACGAGCCAAAUUCAAGAGGAAAUACAAGCUGAAAUAUGUGGAGAAGAGAGCAUUCAAAGCAAUAACAUAAGAUGGUGCUGGCUGAUUGGACUAUACCCCUAUUAA